UGUUGUGGCUAAUUCAUCGAGUGCAUUGGUUCUUUUACAGCCCUAAGACGGCAAAAAAGGCUCGAUCCACUCCACGUUCAUCUCGGCGCCAAUUUUCUUCCAAUCGCGGCACUCGUAUUGCGAUGAACGGUUCACCCGUCGGCGUACAGUCUUCCUUCCUUCAGUCGAUGGAGCCACCCUACUGCUCCUCGGAGCCGCGAGGCGAGCGCCGAAGGAGUUCCGACUCCUGCGAAAACCCCCACCAUUUGUCCCGAGGAGCUUGAGGUGUCGUCGUUGGUCUUCCUGGAGGACUUUGAAUCGGGAAAGAAGGGCCGUUUCUUCGCGUUGGCCUCAGGGCGCUCCCCAAGGGAUACGGAAUGGGGAGGAGGAAGAAGGUAAUUGACAAGGACGAUCUCUCAGAGGAUUACUGCUUCGUUUGCAAAGAUGGAGGCGAGAUCCGUGUUUGCGAUUUCAAAGCUUGCCUUAAAUCCUAUCAUCCACAAUGUGUGAACAAGGAUGAAUCUUUUCUCGAGUCAGAUGAGCAAUGGACUUGUGAUUGGCAUUUAUGCUACAAUUGCCGCAAAAAUUCGACAUUCAAAUGCUUUUGCUGUCCAUACUCCUCUUGUCGAACAUGUUUCGGAGUAUCUGAGUUUGUUAAAGUAAAAGGAUCAAAAGGCUUCUGUUUUGAAUGCUUAAGGCUUGCAAAAUUAAUUGAAGAAAAUGUUGAUGUUGAUUCUGAUGGGGAUGCAGUGGACUUUGAUGACACAGAGACAUUUGAAUUUCUUUUCAAAGACUACUGGUGGAUAGUUAAGGAAAAAGAAAAACUGACAUUGGCUAAUCUACAAGCAGCUGAUGAUCUUCGCAAGAGGGGAGAGAACUUCAAGAAUUUGUCUGAUUUAGAUGAAAACUUUGAAGAUCAGGAUGAAGUUGAAGGGUCGGAUGAUGGCUUUGGUGAUGGAGUUAUGGCCUUUAAGAAUUUUAUGAGUAAACAAAAUAGGAUGAGAAUGGUUAAAGAGAAAUACAAGUCAAAGAAGAAGACGUAUAUUGGCUGGGCAUCGAAGGAACUUAUUGAGUUUCUUACAUCUCUUGGAAAGGAUACACGGCAACCUCUAGGUCAGCAUGAUGUGUAUGAGAUUGUAAAAGAUUAUAUCCAAUCAAACAAUCUUCUACGCCAUGAUAAAAAAAAGAAGAGGCAUGUAUUUUGUGAUGCAAGGUUGCUAUCUCUUUUUAGGAGAAAGAAGGUUAAUUUUUUCAAAGUAUACAGUUUGUUGGAGAAACACUUUGCUGAGAACGAUGAUUCUGAUGAUGAAUCAUUUAGUUUGGAUGAAAAUGAUCAUGCAAAGUCCUUCAAGAAGCAAAGAAUGGAUAGAUCUCCUUCCAAACGAAGGACAGAGAGAGGUCACUUCGUAGAACAUACAUUGCAGCCUCCCAAAAAAUGCUUUGCUGCAGUAACUGAAGCUAAUAUCAAGUUAAUCUAUCUUAAGCGUUCCCUGAUUGUGGAGCUAAUGAAAGACGCAAAUACAUUUGAAACGAAGGUUGUGGGCUGCUUUGUAAGGAGAAAAAGUGAUCCGAAAGACAACUAUGGACAAGGCCCUCUUUUAAAAAUGUACCAGCUUAAUCAAAUCACUGGUGUGAAAAAGGAGUCAGAAGAGUACAAAUUAGGAGAUAUUUAUACAAACAUCGUCCUAUGUGUUUCCAACUAUUGUAAGGUUGUCCAAAUAUCUAUGCUAUCAGAUGAUAACUUUGAGGAGGAGGAAUGUGAGGAUCUGCGACAACUUGUGAAGGAAGGUCUCUUCAAGAGUCCUAGCGUUGAUGAGCUCAAGGAAAAGAUCAGAACUGUUCAUGAGGAUAUGGUGAAGCAUUCGGUAAAAAAAGAGCUCCUGAAACUGGAGAAACUAAUUGAACGGGCAAAUGAGAAAGGUUGGCGCAAAGAAUUAUUUGAUUACAUAGAGAGGAAAAAGCUGCUCAGCAAACCAGAGGAAAUAACGCGCCUCAUAAAGGAACUGCCCGAGGUCGCUGUUGACAUAGAGGCUGAGGCUACUGAAGGUGCUAAUUCUAAUGUCCCAGCAAAGGAUGUUACAAAUCUUAAUAAGGCGGAAGCACAAGGUGUCAUUCCGAGUCUUAAAUCAAGCUUUAUAACCACUACCAAGCAGAUUAUUUUUGAAGAAAAAAAUUUUGUUCUAAGGACUUCACUAGGGGAUGCAGCCUAUCCUGAUUUGAUGGUCACCAAAGAAAAACAUGAAGAUGCUGAUCCAAGCUUUUCACCAAUGCAUACCACUAAUUAUGACAAGAUAAUUGCUGGAGAAAAAUUUGAAGGAAAUGGUAACAGUGAUUCAAAAGUGAAGACUACUGAUCAGGCAGUCAUUGAAAUUGAUGAUGAAGAGGAAGCUGUUAUUGAGCUGGAUGUGGGUCAUGGAAACCAAGUAGCAGAGAAGGGAGGGAGUGUGAAGAAGAAGAUUUGGAAUUAUUUGGAUCCAUCUGGGAAUGUGCAGGGGCCCUUCUCCAUAAGAACACUAGAGUAUUGGAUGGAAGAAGGAUUCUUUGAUGAGGACUUCAGGAUAUGGAAAGCUUCACAAUCUCAAGAGGAAGCCAUUCCAUUGGGCGUUGCUCUUGGUUUAUUGCAAGCACCUUAGGAGUUGUAUUCCUGUUCUGCCUCUCAGCUGAGGAUAGCUAUUGACAGUUUGAAUUUGACUUGAGAAUUUUUUUAUAUAUUAUUAUUUUUUUUCACAGCAGAUAUGUGAAGAUUUAUCUCUGUUGUAUAGUUUCUUUUGUAGUUUUCAGGUAAUAAGAGUGGCUUUCUUCGGGUUAA